GGUGAGAUCAUCAUUGAGGGGCUCAAAGCACCGAUCUGAGUUUGUGGUUACAACGAGUAUUAUAUAUUCAGCACUGCGGCCUUGGAUAUGGAACUUUCUUCAUCACUCAAGGCACAUCGAUUCGUUCUCCACCACCUCCUCCUCCUUCAGAGUUGUCAGGUCUUGGGUUACAGAAGAUAUACCUAGUUCAUUCUCAGCCUAUCCAAGGGAUUCGAAGAUGCAUCACUUCUCCGCCCUCCUACCAGCACUUCUGCUGUCGCUGCUCGCAACGACAGCACUCGCAUCCCCCCGACCGAACCACGACAAUCCUCGUAUCAGCUACCGUACCGUCACUGUCACGAGGCAUGCGCCAGCAAAGACGGUGGUGAACACCCGAUAUGCCACUACUACCGUCACUCGCUACGGCCAAGGCCCGGGCCGUACCGUCACGGUUACAGUUCCGACAACGAGGACGGUAACAGGAGGCGCAAUCACAGUCACCCACACCAGCACGGUAGUGAAACCGGCGACGACGGUGGAGGUGACGCAGACACAGCAGAUCACCCGCACGGAGCAUCUGACCGCGACCGAAACCGAAUCCAUCUCGGUCACCGCAACCGCCACCGAGUCGGUUACAGUGACCCAGUCUGCUUCUACCAUCACGGAAUCCGCUACGGUUACCGACACCGAGUCCAUUACGGUAACCCAGUCUGCUUCCACCAUCACGGAAUCCGCUACGGUUACCGACACCGCCACGAUCACCGACACGGCCACGGUCACCGACACAGCCACCGAGACUACGGCGUUGACGGCAACUGAAACAUCCGUCUCCUCGUUCACCACGACUGCCACGGAAACCACCACCGUUACUACCACCUCCGAAUCCGCGGCCCAAUGCACUAACACAUCUCCACUGAGAGACCCCGGCUUCGAUAAACUAGCAGAGUACUGGGACUUCUCGACUAGUACUGCCGGUGGUACGUUGCGACGGGCGUCCGACUCAAAUGCCCGCAGCGGCAUCCUCGUGCUCUGGUCUUCUCUACCCGCGUCAAUCAACGGUGUCCAUAUGAUCCGUCAAGCGAUCGCCGUGUGUCCCGGUGCCACAUACCGCUUCAGUGCGUGGACGCGCCAACUAAGCGCCACCUCUCAAAUGAUCGCGACUUUCGUCAUCAAUGGGAAUUUGGUAGCCAGGACAACCGCUCCGGUGAUGGCCUGGACUGAGGUCACUGGGACCUGGACAGCACCUUUGGCGGGGAGUGGCGCGGCCCUCUUUGGGAUUCAGUUUUCGGGCCCUACUGCAGUGACAAGGGAUAUGAUAGUCGAUGAUGUUGUGCUGCAGAUGGUGUAGUAGUUCUCUUGGAAGCAAAGGUUGGCGGAUGAGAGCUAGGAUGCAGGAGGAAAAUGGGGGAUGCGAGAGGGACUCAGUAAUACAUAUUUGCGGGAGGAGAUGGGGGGAGAAAGGGAUUUAGCAUACAACAGGCCCAGGGCUGUUGAUAGGUUUUAUUUGGGACAAACAAUUUGCCUAUGUAACUACAUUAAGUACUUACAUACAUACCUACAUACAUCAUAAUACAUAAGUACCUAU